CUGAUAUUGGUAGGAUCAGUUAUAUUUCCCGAAUUAAAUUAUACGUUUGAGAUUAUGUUAUACGAUACAUUGAAAUGUCGACCAUUCGUCCAUCCGCCUAACCAAAACCCAUUUCAGAGAGGAUAAACGCCGUGUUUAGGCGGUGGAUGGAUGGAUGGCCCGACCGAAACAGCGUGCCGUUUUCCCCUAUAAAAAACAACGUAGCAUGCUCCUCUUCGAUGGUAAGCCGGGGCGAAGUUUUGGUAGCCUGUACUGUACAGCAACAGGUACGGAGUUGUUUGGUAGCUUUGUACUUUGUAUGUGGAGACGAGUUUGAUUCUGUCUGAUCACCAAAUAUGCCACGACAAAUGCGUGGUGUCUCGAGAUUCAAUAAUUGAAACACGAGCUGAACUGCUCUUGUCAGAAUUAUUUAUUUAUUUAAAAUAAAAAUAAAAUCAAGCCGAUUGGAUGAGGGGAAAAAGCGCACGUGCGGUUAAAAGAAGAGGCUGUACUUUCUGGAAGCUAGCUGUUUGGAGAAACUUAUAGGAUACUUCGGAUUUGAUCCAGUGGCUCUCUCUCCCCAGCCUCUCUCUCUCUCUCUCUCUCUCCUGUUUCUUAUAAAAACGGAUUUGUUGAUUUUCCAGGCUAAGAAACAGAUAUAUUUACCUAAACUCCAAAGCAUUUUGGUCCAAUUAUUUAAAUAAUUACUUUAUUUAUUAAUUUCAAAUAUUUCUUUUCUUGCUGUUCAGAGACUGAGAUGGACCAUGAAAAGAGAUUAGACCCAAGUUUCAUUACGUGCUGCUCCCCCGUUCGGCCUACAGAAGCUGUCACUGUGGCCAUAAUUUUAGGCCAAACAUUAAGAUUCUCCGGCCAGUCUCCGUGAUGAAGAGCUGGGACUCCAUCAACGUAUUCUUAGUCCUAUUCGCGAUUCUCUGCGGCGUUUUGGCCAGACAGAAUGGCGACGGAUCGCCGUCGUCGUUGCACGGCGGAGACGAGAGAGCUGUUACCGACGAUUCGAUGAACGCGGGCGAGGAUGACAAAAUCUCAUCGCCGGUAUCGGAACGGUGGUUUAGUGACGUGCACGCUGGUCAUAGGCUGAAGAUUCACGAGAGCGUGAGCAGCUCUGCUCCUUCGCCGGUCACCGGAACUGUACGGUUACGGCGGAGCAGUAGCUCGUAUCCUGAUCUGCGGCAAGGCUUUUUUGGUGACACUGUCGAACAACAUUUCAGAUUUUACGAUGAUUUUGAAAUCAAUAAGUACCGUUCGCCGGUGAUCGCUAAUUCGGACGGUUACGAAUGGAUUCAAAAUCGCCGGAAAAUUCAAAUCGAGAAAUCGGAACCCAAAGAAAUCCCAGUGGAUAAGUUUGAGGUGAGGCCUCCUACUCCACCGCGGGAACCACCGGCGCCUCGGCCUCCACAGCCACUGUCGGCUGAGGUUGUGCAGAAACCGAGAAGGGGGCAUCGUUCGGUUAGAAGCCGAGCGACGCCGGAAAAUGUGAGGCGCCGUGACACUGAUUCCAAUUCUACCAAAUCUGAACAAGGGCCUCCACCGGCGCCGCCACCACCACCUCCACCGGCGCCUCCGCAUCCUCCAUUUACGCCUCCGAGGACGGCGUUGAGGAACGAAGCGGAGAGAAAGCAGGGGAAACUUGAUCGAAGAAAGAGUAAUGCAGCGAAAGAGAUCAAAAUGGUUUUAGCUUCUCUAUAUAACCAGAGGAAGAGGAAACUACAGAAAGCGAAGACCAAAAGAAACGAAUAUCCGGUGACGGAACCGCCGCAUUACCAAUCCAAGAUUCCACCUCCGUCGCCGCCACCCCCUCCGCCGCCGCCGCCGCCGCGAUCGUCACAGUCAGUGUUUUACGGAUUAUUCAGGAAGGGAAGUAAGAGUAAAAAGAUUCACUCCGUUCCCGCGCCGCCUCCGCAACUACCACCUCCGUCAUCGAGAACCUCCAAGAGAAAGAUCCAAUUGGAUAGGCAUUCACAUCCUCCUCCUCCUCCACCUCCCGCUCCUCCGAUGUCUCCACGACGGAGAUCCGGCAAACCUCCGCGUCCAAUCAAACCGACGAACUUCUACGAAGAUAAUUACGCCAACAGUGGCCGGGAAUCUCCGUUGAUACCAAUUCCUCCACCCCCUCCCCCGCCGUUCAGGGUUCCACCGCUGAAGUUCGUGGUCCGUGGCGAUUUUGCGAAGAUACAGAGCAACCAGAGCUCGAGAUGUAGCUCACCUGAGCGGGGGGAGGUGAUCGAUCUCGGAUGGGGCCUUGAACUCACACAAUCUGAAGGAGGCGAUCGAAUCGGACGGAGUGAAAAUUCCGGUGGCCGGAGUUUCUGCCAAAGCCCCGACGUCAACACCAAAGCGGACAGCUUCAUCGCCAGGCUCAGAGGCGAGUGGAGGCUCGAGAGUGUCCACCCCGUGGAGGAGAAGGAAACUGGGCUCCGGCCCAAGCCCAAUAUGAGACCCAUUUAAAAAACGGCACGCAGUUCGCAUCACACGGAGAGGUUUUCAACGUGAACGUACGGAUAGUAUCCGUGCAGAUUUAGCAAAGCGUCGAGCACUAAUCAGUCGGUACAUUUUUUUUUACGGUUUAACCACUGAAGAUCACAACUAUCUUGUGUGUGUAUUAAGAUUUCUGAGGCUUAGGGGCAGAGUGAGUUGGCAUCAUGAUGUAUGUAUCUACGUAUUGAUAUAUGUAUGUCCUUAGUGAUGUCGAUGUGGAUAUAAGAGACGUGGUCUCUGACAUUCUUUUGGAACUUUCUCUCAUUGUACUGCAAAUAGUGUUCCAUUUUUUUUUUGUCUUUUCCUUGA